AUGUUCGUUCCGCGAGCUGUCAGGCUCAAGGGCGUUCGAGAACAGCGACCAAAGCCCCCAGCAACCCCUUCACUCAAGCCUCCUGCCGAAAAUACUCGAGCCAGCAGCGAAGAUGUGCUUGUCGAGGCUAUGAGAAGGACUAGGACGACUACAUAUUCUCCCGCCCCUCAACAGGAAGUGAAGGAUAGUACAGCUAGCAAACGCGGGCCUAGGUUCACAGUCAAACCCGUCACGCCAGAGUAUAUCGCGCAGCUGGCUGCUGGGAUUGAACUGAUCUUCACCGACUAUGCUCACCAAGAGGAGAAGCGGCAACAAUGGCUCGAGGAACGCCACAGGGUAGUGGAUGGGGAGCAGAAAUUUAUUCAUCUCACCGCGAUUCUCCAGCAUCCAAACAUCUCGAAAAUGAAGCCUGAAGUGACUCAGGUCCUCCUUCAGCAAGCGCUGCAAGAACAUCCCUCCGAUAUCCUUGAAGUCGCACAGAACGGUUACUUUGUCCGUCGCAAACCGUCGUCGUAUCCUCUCCCUUUCGUUCCCAAUAACAGCUUCGACGUGGUCGACGACGAUGGCCUUGCUUUCUGGGACCAGCGCACAAUCUAUGUCGAGCCUCAUCUCAGGAACCUCUGUCAGACUCCUGCGAAAGUAGCAUACUGGCUGAAGGAACACGGUCAAUUGAAGCCAAAGUGGCUACCAAUUCAGGCAGUGCACAUGCUGUGGAACAGCUGCGCUUUCGUCGUGCUGAGCGGAAACGUAAUGCACGAUGAUGUUUGGCGAAAGUGGAGAGAAGCCAACAAGCCAGACGACUGGAAGGUCAUGACCAAAGUUGAGCACACAAAGCGCACUGCCGAAUAUCUAGCGCUUCUCGAAAAGGAGAAUCCUAGAGGCAUGCGCAAGGCUAAUAUCGACGCCAGCACUUUGCCGGCGAUUGAGAGGCCAGCAGCACUGCCGAUGGACGUGGAAAUCGUGCCAGAGGAACCACAACUGGACGUCGCUGAGCAACCAGGAGGCAAGAAGAAACGCAAAAGGCGAAAGCCCAACAAGUCUAGUCACCAAGCUGACGAAGUUGAGACUAACAACAGCAAUUUUGCAACUGAAGGAGCAGAUAUUGACGAGCCGAGCAGAAAGCGUCGAGGUUGA